AGAAACUCACAGGGAUCAACUUUUGAGGAUUGCGUCAUCCCCUUAGCCUGAACAGUUGACUACUGUUGGGACAACACCAUCAAGGAAGGCUUUCACAACCUGGGGUAGGAGGAGCAGGUAUAUUUAAGAACAAAAUAGACAAUUUUAGCGUUACAUUAUGAUAUAUAUAAAUAUAUAACUGUUGGGACAACACCAUCAAGGAAGGCUUUCACAACAGGGGGUAGGAGGAGCAGAUAUAUUUAAGAACAAAAUAGACAAUUUUAGCGUUACAUUAUGAUAUAUAUAAAUAUAUAUAUAUAUAUAUAUAUAUAUAUAUAUAUAUAUAUAUAUGGGCUUCUUAAUCUGUUUUAAAUCUUUAUUUACAUUUCACUUGAUAGAUGCCAUAAUUCACUUGUCUAUUAUAUUAGUAAGUUCUACAGUUCUCUUUGCAAUUCAAAAUAUAGCUAUCUGUUGUUUUUUUUAAAGGAACUACAUGUCCAUUUUGGUCAAAUUUUAAAAUGAAAAUUUUACUUUUUUAGGGAUACAAGUCUUGGUUUUGUUAUAAACUUGAAGCGCCCAUCCAGUUAAGCCCACUGAAGCUAUAUUAUUUUUAAAUCAGACAGUUGCUGCCCUAUACCUAAAUUAUUUGUGUGUGUACAAUUGAGUGACAUGAGAUCAAAAGCUGAGCUUAAAACGCAUUGAAAAACUGUAAUGUUGGCCUACUUCAAUAUUAUGGCCUACUUUUACUAUUGUUGUCCUACUUUAACUAUGUAUGACCUACUUUAACUAUUGUCGCCAGGCGUCAACUGUUUUGGGCAUAAAUGAACUAUUGUCGGCCUACUUUAACUGAAUUUUACCUACUUUAACAAUGGUUGACCCACUUUAACUAUCCUUUUAUCAGAUUAAAAUUACAUCCUUACCUAUUUCAAAAAAAUGCCAACUAUCUUUGUUAAAAUCGAUUAACUUAUUUCUAACCUUUAUAGACCUGCCCAAAAGCUGAUUUCUAAAACGUAUCACGGACACCCAAUGACGCAUUGCCUGUCAUUUAUUCCCAGUCACUUAUUCCCUGUCACUUAUUCCCUCUCACUUAUUCCCUACUACCCAUUAUCCAUCAGCCAUUCCCUCUCAACCCUGCCACCUCGAAGUCACGCCACUGUCUCUUAACAUCUGUCGGACUACUUAAUUUUAAAAUGAGCCAACAAGCAUUUAUCAAUACUAAUUAAAUAAAGACAACAUUGACUGCAAGGAAUUCGGUGAGUGGGUGAGGUGUGGGGGUUCAGCUGUGUGAUGACAGACGGUUGGUGUGGGGGGUGACAGUGUGGUGACAGAGUAUUAAUCAAUUAGCUACUACUAAAUGUCUAUUAAUAUAUUUAUAAAAACGUGAAUAUAGAUUAUAUUAUAGUAUGUGGACUUUUUUUUUUACAUGUUUUAACGAUACUGUACUCGGCUGUUCUCGCUAAGUUAAUCAUGUUAGCUCUCACUUAGGUAAUCAUGAUAGCUCUCACUGAGCUAAGCAUGUUAGCUCUCACUUAGGUAACCAUGUUAGCUCUCACUUAGGAAAUGGUGAUAGCUCUCACUGAGCUAAGCAUGUUAGCUCUCACUUAGGUAACCAUGUUAGCUCUCACUUAGGUAAUCAUGAUAGCUCUCACUGAGGUAAUCAUGUUAGCUCUCACUUAGGUAAUCAUGUUAGCUCUCACUUAGGUAAUCAUGUUAGCUAUCACUUAGGUAAUCAUGAUAGCUCUCACUUAGGUAAUCAUGUUAGCACUCACUAAAUUAAUCAUGAUAGCUCUCACUAAUUUAAUCAUGAUAGUUCUCACUUAAGUAAUCAUGAUAGCUCUCACUUAAGUAAUCAUGAUAGCCUUCACUAAGGUAAUCAUGAUAGCUCUCACUAAUUUAAUCAUGUUAGCUCUCACUUAGGUAAUCAUGAUAGCUCUCACUUAGUUAAUCAUGUUAGCACUCACUAAUUUAAUCAUGAUAGCUCUCACUAAUUUAAUCAUGAUAGCUCUCACUAAUUUAAUCAUGAUAGUUCUCACUAAGUUAAUCAUGAUAGCUCUCACUUAGGUAAUCAUGUCAGGUCUCACACAAGUAAUCAUGUUAGUUAUCAAUAUGGUUGUCUCACCAAGGGGAUCAUGUUACGGUAUUUUUCACUAAGUUAGUCAUACUAGCGAUGCCACAUAUUGCCUACAAAAGUGUUCCACAAAUGAUGGCACGCGGGCUGGCGCUGGUCCGCAAGCCCAAACUUUGCCAGUCCGCACUUAAUUAGUCAAGCAACGGGAGGAAAAGUUAAAUGUUUGAGCAUUGUCUUCAAAACAAAAUUUUAAAAAAUCGAGAUUGUUACAAGCAUAAAAAUAUCCCCCAUUUUACACACCAAGAUUAGCACGAGAAGCUGAAGCAAUGCGUCAUAUUACAAAUUAAAGGGUGAAACCUCUCAUUUCAAAGACACAGAAAACAAUGACCGAACUGGUUUAAGAAACAUUCGUUGGCGUUAGAAAAUCCAGCUUAACUGGCAAACCCCUCCGGUAAUGUUACAGAGGGGAAAAGUUGGAUGCCAGAUAAGAAGCAUAACAAUUGGACAAGGGGUCAUCUAGUUACCCCCCACCCCCACCCCAAGGGGACUCAAUUCACAUCACCGUAGGGCAGCGGUUCUCAACCUGUGGGUCGCGACCCCUUUGGGGGUCGCACGACCCUUUCACAGGGGUCGCCUAAGACCAUCUAUAAACACACAUACUCCACAGUUGUAAAGUAUUAACGAAAAUAAUAUUGUGUUUGGGGGUCGCCACAACAUGAGGAAAUGUAUUAAAGGGUCGCGGCAUUAGAAGGGCUGAGAACCGCUGCCGUAGGGGGAAAGCAUCAGUCAGCUAUAUUCUUUGGCUCCUUUGAAUGCCCAUAAAAAUUCACAUGAGUAAGAAAAACGUCAUAUCAUUAAAUGACAUUUGGUGAUCACGUCAUGCAUACAGGGAGGGUGUGCGUACAGAGAGCUUGUGGAUACAGAGAGUUAGUGGAUUCAGCGAGGUAGUGGAUACAGAGAGAUAGAGGAUUGUGGGGGGGGGGGGAUGAGCGGAGACAAGGGAGGAUAUUUUUCUGUGGCAAGUAACAAGAAAUGUAAGGAUGGAUUGUUCCUUUUUUUUGUAGUUUGAAAAUUUAGGGACGUCGGAGACUUCAUCUUUACAUUCAUGGCUUCCAUCCUACAUCCUAUGUUUUCCAGUUUAUUUCUGCAUCCAUAUCCGUCAUUGUGUUGGGAGGUACACCUUCCAUAACAAUUUCUAUAUUUUCAAUUUAUGUUCAGAUUUUAUUCAAAUACAGCACUAAAAUUGUACAGUUGUAUGACGGUACAGGCGUAUGACUCAAUAAUUUUCAAAUCACUGGUUGAGGAUAUCCCAUCUCCAUUAAUUAAGGCUGGGAAAUUUUAGGAAAAAAAUAUAUCCAAUAUUGGUUUAAAAUCUCACCGAUUCUAAGAUAUCUAUGAGUAUGACUAAUUGUGCAAUGCUUUGUUUUAUCGACAGUGGGCUAGAUCCGGGUACUCCCAGAGAACCCCCCCCCCCAAGGACAUACAACCAAGCAAAGAACUCAAAAACAUAAGGCUGGGAAAUUUUAGGAAAAAAAUAUAUCCAAAAUUGGUUUAAAAACUCACCGAUUUUAAGAUAUCUAUGAGUAUGACUAAUUUUGCAAUGCUUUUUUUUAUCGACCGGGGGCAAGAACCGGCUACCCCCAGAGAACCCCCCCCCCCCAAGGACAUACAACCAAGCAAAGAACUCAAAAACAUACUAAUCGCCAUCCCAUAUGCAGAUGUCAACUUAACUCGGUAUAAACAAAAAAAAUAUUCGAUACCAAUGCUUAAGGGUCUUGCUGGUCAAUAGCCAAGAUCGCAUACGUUCAUAUCCAGCCAUCGCAUAAGUUUAUAUCCAGCCAUCGCAUAAGUUUUUCAUAUUCAGGUAUCGCAUAAGUUCAUACCCAGCCAUCACAAAAGUUCAUAUUCAGCCAUCGCAUACGUUCAUAUCCAGCCAUCGCAUAAGUUCAUAUCCAGCCAUCGCAUAAGUUCAUAUCCAGCCAUCGCAUACGUUUAUAUCCAGCCAUCGCAUAAGUUCAUAUCUAGACAUCGCAUAAGUUCCUUCCCAGCCAUCGCAUAAGUUCAUAUCCAGCCAUCACAAAAGAUCAUAUCCAGCCAUCACAAAAGUUCAUAUCCAGCUAUCGCAUAAAUUCAUAUCAAGCCAUCACAAAAGUUCAUAUCCAGCGUAUGGCAUAAGUUCAUAUUCAGCCAUCGCAUAGUUUCAUAUCCAACCAUCUCUUUCCUCCCUAUCCAUCCAUCACAUUCGUCGCUUUCCGUUCACCACAUUCUUCCCUAUCUAACCAUCCCCUCACCCCACCCCUUAACCCCCGCCCAUCACCCCAGUCCUUCACCCCAGCCCAUCUCCCCCACCCCACCCGUUACCCCACCUCCUCGCCCCAGCCCAUCAUACAUCAAACAUGAGCCAGGACUUUUGCCGAUGUGGCAACAUCAGCCUGGCCGUCUACCUUCUGGUCAUCCUGUUCGGUGUCUCGUCAUGGGUGGACAUCAACGGACUCUGGGUCGAGCUACCUGUCCUCGUCCAAAACCUACCCGAGGGAUGGGACCUACCAUCUUACAUGGCCAUCACCAUACAGGUAUGUUGAAAACAGGUGACCUACCGUCUUACAUGGCCAUGACUAUUUAGGUAUGUUUAAAACAUGAGACCUACCGUCUUAAAUGGCCAUCGCUAUUCAGAUAUUUUGAAAACAUGGCACAAAUUGUUUAUAAAACAUUUGAUCGAAUCAAAAUGUAUUACUAAUCUCUGAAAAGUCAUCUGUUCUUUCAUAUAAUAUGUUUAGCUUAUCUCUGCAUUUAAUUUUGUCUAAACCAUCCGAUGGGAUCAUAGAAAUAUAGGAAAUCAAAUACUUAUUCUUCUUUUUUUAAAUUUUAUUUGCCAUUUCAAUAAAUUUUGCCUUUAGUAGGCUCAGGAUCAAAAGAAAAUUCUGGCUUUUUCCCUUAAGCGAAUCUACGACUCGGAUAUCUUAAAAUAUAUACUGAGCAAAUCUCAAGUAGGUGGUCCGGAGUUCGAUUCCAGCCAGAGUCCAUACAACCAAAAGACAUCACCAGCACCCCGGGUAGAUCGGACUCGUUAACCUUGGAUGGCAACUCGUCUAAGAGAAGGAAACUCUGAAAUCAAACCCGGAGAUGGAGUCCCCAAAGGCGGAUAACAUGGUACAAUGAAACAUUCCGACAACCCCUGCGACGCCACUGGUGCCAAGCUGUAUCAUCCAAUGAUGUUCCCUUGGGUUAUCCAGCGGCGUGGAGAGAGGCAAUUUGCUGUUGGGAACCAGCUUUUAAUCCUUGAAGAAUAAUCCCAGACCUUGUGGAUUUCGUCCUCCGAAGCCCACACCAUCGUCACAUUGUGACGGACGGAUGCCAGCAAAAAAUUUUUUUUUUAAAAUACAUAUAUAAAUUUAUAUUUGUGAGUGCUUAUAUUAUUUACAGUUUUUGAACUACCAGUAACUAAAAGUCUUCAUGAACAGAUGAAGAGCCGUCACUUGACUACUGUAAAGCCUCCAGUUUUCUGUCUCCAUUGUUUAGCUGCGCCAUGCUGGCAUCCGUCCGUCACAAUGUGACGAUGGAGUGGGCCUCGUAGGACGAAAUCCACAUAGCCUGGGAUUAUUAUACUUUAAGGAUUAUAAGCUGGUUCCCAACAGCACAUCGCCUCUCUCCAAGCCGCUGGGUAACCCAAGGGACCAUCAUUGGAUGAUACAGCUUGGCACCAGUGACGUCGCAGGAGUUGCCGGAAUGUUUCAUUGUAUCAAUGUUAUCCGCCUUUCGGGACUCCAUCUCCGGGUUUGAUUUCAGAGUUUCCUUCUCUUAGAUGAGUUGCCGUCCAAGGUUAACGAGUCCCAUCUACCCGGGGUGCUGGUGGUGUUUUUGCUCUAGCUGGAAUUGAACUCCAGAUCACCAACUUGAUUUGCUCAGUUUAGACCACUCGGCCACCCAGCACCCUUGCGCCAUGCAUUUUAAAAUAAUUCAUUUUUAAGUUUUUCCACAAUCACAAUCGUUUGCACAGUUCCCGGGCGACGCCUCUGAAGAGAUGAUAUCUCGCCUUGAUGGAACUAUGAUCACGAAAGCAAAGCGUCAUCCUAUUUAAAAAAAAAAAAAGAAAUGUUUCAUUUAUUAUAAGUAGGAACGACAUAUUAAAGUUAAGCGCAUAGUUAGACGCAAUUGAUAUUAUAAACGUGAUACCCAUUUGAUUUCUACAGAUAGCCAACGUGGCACCGUUCGCGUAUACUAUCGCCAGCAGCAUCUGGCCACACAAGAUGAUGGAGGUCCCCGUGAUCUACGUCAUCAUCUCACUGGGCGCACUCUCCUGCCUCCUUCUGGCGUUUCUCUGGAGAAUGACGUCGGAGAUCGCCGGCACCGAGCACAGCACGGCGCUGCUGGCCCUGCAGUUCUGCCUCGCUCUCGUCGACUGCACGUCCUCCGUGGCGUUCCUCCCGUUCAUGUCGGUCUUCAAGCCCCAGUACAUGACGGCGUACUUCAUCGGGGAAGGCUUCAGCGGGCUCAUCCCUAGCAUCGUGGCCUUGAUCCAGGGUGCCGGCGACAUGGAGUGCGUCAGGGUGCCGAUGUCCCAAAAUGAAACCAGUUUUCUCAACUCCACUCUAACACUUCAAGUGGACUCGUCGAAUUCGACAUUACCUCAUAACAUCUCCACCACCCAGCCGUCGGAUUUCGUAAGUUUCCCGAGAUAUCAGGAGCCGAAGUUCGGGGUGCAGACGUUCUUCUUGCUGCUGAUGACACUGCUGAUCGGCAGCCUCGUCUCUUUUAUCCUCCUCAACUACUGGUCCUACUGCCGGAGGGAGUACUCCAGCACGCCCCCGCCCAACAGCUCCGACGAUAACGUCAUGGAGAAAUACGAAAUGCUGGUGAAGCAAGGCAGCGAUGACUCCGCGACGUCAUCCGAAAAAGACACGAAAGACAUCGAACUCUGUUGCAGAUUCAACACAAGCUCUGACGCAGUUCAUAAAGGUCAGAUUCGGGUCGUAGAAACCAAGUCACGUGAUCUCGACGUCGACGCCACCUUUAAGAGUCUGCACGCGCUAAGAAAAACCAAAGGGAUGCAACCCUCCAAAUUUGUUUACUACCUGCUCAUCACAGCCUGGCUUAACGCCCUUUCCAACGGCGUGCUGCCUUCGCUGCAGAGCUACUCAUGUCUGCCCUACGGCAUCCAAGCCUACCACCUGAGUGCCAACAUGGCGAGCAUCGCCAACCCUGUCGCCUGUCUGGCAUUGGUGUUUCUCAAAAUGACGUCGGUGAAGAUGACGACGCUGAUGACGGCACUCAGCACGGGGGUGGCAGCGUACGUCAUUUACACUGCGGUGGCCAGUCCGGAGCCCCCGCUGGUGGGGCAGUUUGCUGGGUCAUUUGUAUUGGUGAGUGUGAAAUAAUUCGUACCCUUGUCAGCAGAAGAUUGCAGAUGUCUCAAUUAGAAAAAAUAAUCAAUAAACAGAAAUAACAUCAUCAGACGCCUUGUCUAACACACAGAACUAACAUCAUCAGAUUCCAUGUCUAGCACAUAGAACUAACAUCAUCAGACGCCAUGUCUAACACACAUAACUAACAUCAUCAGAUGCCAUAUUUAACACACAGAACUAACAUUAUCGGAUGCCAUGUCUAACACACAGAACUAACAUCAUCAGAUGCCAUGUCUAACACACAGAACUAACAUCAUCAGAUGCCAUGUCUAACACACAGAACUAACAUCAUCAGAUGCCAUGUCUAACACACAGAACUAACAUCAUCAGAUGCCAUGUUUAACACACAGAACUAACAUCAUCAGAUGCCAUGUCUAACACACAGAACUAACAUCAUCAGAUGCCAUGUCUAACACACAGAACUAACAUCAUCAGAUGCCAUGUCUAACACACAGAACUAACAUCAUCAGAUGCCAUGUCUAACACACAGAACUAACAUCAUCAGAUGCCAUGUCUAACACACAGAACUAACAUCAUCAGAUGCCAUGUCUAACACACAGAACUAACAUCAUCAGAUGCCAUGUUUAACACACAGAACUAACAUCAUCAGAUGCCAUGUCUAACACACAGAACUAACAUCAUCAGAUGCCAUGUCUAACACACAGAACUAACAUCAUCAGAUGCCAUGUCUAACACACAGAACUAACAUCAUCAGAUGCCAUGUCUAACACACAGAAAUAACAUCAUCAGACUCCUUGUCUAACAAACAUAACUCAUAGCAGGCUCUCGCCCCUUUAUUUUGUAAAACCAGCCUCACAACCAUUUUAACAAUCUUGAUCAAUAAAUAAGUGGCUUACACUUAGUUUCGAAGCCUCAGCAAAUAACUCAACCGGUAUAAAUAAAUCCAAUUAUCCAAUGUCUUACUAUCAUUUUAACUGGUCGAAACCAUGUAAUGUUUUUUUUUUUCUUCUCAUUCAAACUCUCCCCUUUAAGCCGCUAUCCAGAAAAGAUAUACAAAAUUAUAAUCUGAUUUUUUUUUUUCAUACACAGAUCAUCUGCUGGUCACUGGUGGUCUUUCUCAUGACGUACACCAAGGUUUCGAUUGCCACGGAAUUUCGUAUGGUGGGCAAAAAGGCGCUGCUGUGGAUCGGUGCCGCCACACAGGCCGGCUCCCUGGCUGGAGCCCUGGUCACUUUUCUCUUGGUCAACGUGUAUCAUUUAUUCACCGUGGGCAACCCAUGUAAAUAAAUGAUGUCAGCUGCAAAGAACCAAAAUGUUGUUUUUGUUUUUUAAAGUAAUUCCAGAAUCUUUGAGAAAUUAACAGUAUCAGUUUCCAUUGUCCAUUUUAAAAUAGAUAAGGACCAAUUUGGAUAGGGACCGAUACAAAAAAUCGGGCCAAAAUGAAUAGGGACCGAAAAUGAAGUGUUUAAAUAGUUGAUUUGAUUUGAUUUGCCAUGCUUUAUAUGAAUUUGGUUUAAUCAAAACUUUGAGACAAUGGAAUGGGAUCUUGUCCUCCAGCAUCGCAUGGAAUGGCAUCCUGUCCUCGGGAAACGCAUGGAAUAUGAUCCUGUCCUAGGGCAUCACAUGAAAUUUGAUCCUUCCUCAGGAAUCGCGUGGAAUUUGAUCCUGUUUUCGAACAUCGCAUGGAAUGGGAUCUUGUCCUCGGGCAUCGCAUGGAAUUCGAUCCUGUCCUAGGCCAUCACAUUGAAUUUGAUCCUUCCUCAGGCAUAGCAUGGAUUUUGAUCCUGUUUUCGAGCAUCGCAAGGAAUGAGAUCCUGUCCUCGGGCAUAGCAUGGAAAUUGAGCCUGUCCUCGGGUAUCGCAUGGAAUGGGAUCUUUUCCUCGGGCAUCGCAUGGAAUGGGAUCUUUUCCUCGGGCAUCGCAUGGAAUGGGAUCUUGUCCUCGGGCAUCACAUGGAAUUUGAUCCUUCCUCAGGCAUCGCAUGGAAUUUGAUCCUGUUUUCGAGCAUCGCAUGGAAUGGGAUCAUGUCUUCGGGCAUCGCAUGGAAUUUGAUCCUGUCCUCGGGCAUCGCAUGGAAUUUGAUCCUGUCAUCGGGCAUCAAUUUCAUCCUGUCCUCGGGUAUCACAUGGAAUGGGAUCUUUUCCUCGGGCAUCGCAUGGAAUGGGAUCCUGUCUUUUGGGCAUCACGUGGAUAGGGAUCAUUUCCUCGGGGAUCACGUGGAAUGGGAUCCUGUCUUCGCACGUCACAUGGAAUUUGAUCUUGUCCUCGUGCGUCACAUUUUCUUUUAUUAAACUUUUUUGUGCUUUUCUGAAAAAAAAAUAUUUGGCUGUGCUUUAGUCAGGGUCACGCAUCAUCCAGUGCAGUGAUGUAAAUUUAGGGAUGUGAAUUUCGGGAUGUGGAUCAGACUUAACUGAAAUGGGCAGGGUUUCAAAACGAAAAAGUUACGUCAGUCUUAGGUCAUUUGUGUUUUAGCAAAGGCGAAGAGGGUGCCAAGAUGUUGUAUCAAGCAUUCCAUUAUGAGAUUUAACUCUAAAAUAUAAUAUUUCUUAACAUUAUAAAUUUGUGAUGACCUUCUUGAGCCCUUUCCUCAGAUGGAUUGAUCAUCACUGAAAUUCAGGGUAAAGCACAUAUAUUGAAAAGCUUAAAGUCUCGUGGCUUUUUCGGAUAAAAUUAUCUGGAAAAUUAAUAUUUGUUUAAAAUUAAUGCCCUGAAUCCAUUGUUAUGUAAUAAUCUUUUACAAGUGUUGCUGGAGCUUCAAGAAAUGUUGGUUCUUUUAAAGGAAAUAAUGUAUUUUGACAUGAUGACAUGAUCUCUAUAUCUUUACAUGAUCUGUGUAUUGUUCAUUCAUGAACGACUGUAGAAGUAUGUUCAGCGCGUGUACUUCAAGUCUGAACGUCUGCGAAUAUGUGUUUUUAUUGCCUGUUGUCAUUAAUAUAUCGGCCAUCGCAAUUUUUUUUUUUUAAUUUAUA